GUGCUUCCGCAGUGAUCACUGGUUAGUGUGGUGCGUGAAAGGAAAGGUCACGAAUACUUUUCAUUUUGAGUACCUUCUCGUUCCUUCAUUCUCUCUCACACACAACAGCUGAAGAACAAAAUGGUCGACAAUGAUUCUUUCUCGGAAUUCCUUGCAUCUGCAGUUCAUGCGGCUCAGAAAGCUGGUGAGAUUAUUCGAAAAGGAUUCUGCCAGACCAAACACGUGGAGCACAAAGGACAGGUUGAUUUGGUCACAGAAACUGAUAAAGCAUGUGAAGAACUCAUAUUUAAUCAUCUCAAACAGCUUUAUCCCACUCAUAAGUUCAUUGGGGAAGAAACCACAGCUGCUUGUGGCACUACAGAACUAACGGAUGAACCCACAUGGAUAGUUGAUCCCCUGGAUGGAACUACCAAUUUUGUGCACGGGUUCCCCUUUGUUUGUGUCUCCAUUGGUCUUACAAUUGGAAAAAUUCCUACAAUUGGUGUUGUAUACAAUCCAAUAAUAAAUGAGCUUUUCACUGGAAUCCAUGGAAAAGGUGCUUUCUUGAAUGGGAACCCUAUAAAAGUAUCGUCACAAACUGAACUAAUAAGCUCUCUUCUUGCCACUGAGGCUGGAACAAAACGUGACCAAGAAACACUAGAUGCCUCUACUGAUAGGAUUAAAAGCUUGCUUUUCAAGGUGAGAUCUCUUCGUAUGAGUGGCUCCUGUGCUCUGAAUCUUUGUGGAAUUGCAUGUGGAAGGCUGGAUGUAUUUUUUGAACUUGGCUUUGGUGGUCCUUGGGAUGUGGCAGGUGGUGCUGUUAUUGUUAGAGAAGCUGGAGGUGUUGUAUUUGAUCCGUCGGGUGCAGCUUUUGACAUAACAUCUCAGCGAGUAGCGGCUUCUAAUCCUUUCUUAAAGGAUGCACUUGUUGAUAUUCUGCGCCAAACGGUGUGAGAAUUUAACUAUUUAUCGAUGACAAAACUUGUCAUAUUAGUCCAUCUAUGUUAGUUUAUUUAUAUUGUGAUCAAAUAAUUUUUAAGAUUCUCAUUUUUUGGUAUAAUUACCAGGUAAAAUUGUCUGAGAAUUUUUAAAAUGCUUGUAUGAAUCCAAACAAAGUAUUCGAUGAUAAUAACUUUUGUUUAUACAAUAAUAAUUCACUUUAGAAGUGUUUCCGAAAAAGUG